GUCAUUGUCUCUCUUUCUGAUCUCGCUUGCUCACUCUCUCUCUCUCCUCUCCUGUCCUCUCUGUUUCUUGGUCCUUGUCACCCUCUCUGAUCUGCUCAGUCUUUACCUGUCCUCUGUCAAUAUCCAUUUCUGUUUCUUUGGGUCUGGUCUCUUGUCUCUCCUGCUGUUUCUACCUCUGUCUCUGUCAAUGUCUGGGAAAUCUAUCUUUUUGCCUUUUUUCCUAUGCCCCCCUGCACUUCCUUGAAUCAGUAACCACCUCCUCUUGUGCUGGGGGUUGUGGGGGCAGCAGGGCCCAACACUCAUAAUUCCCACCCCCACAGGCGGCCCUUUCCUCGGGGCCCCGCCUGGUGCCAGCCCCCCCACCAGCGGGGGGACUGCGCCUGGAAGCUGUAAUGGAGGCCCUGCAGAGGCAGCAGGCAGCCCGACUGGCCCAAGGGGUGGGGCCAUUGGCCCCUCAACGCCCAUUGCCACCACCACUACCUCCCUUGCCUGGCCCUCGGACCCUGCAGGCCCCUGAAGGGGCCUUGGGGGAGGUUGGGACUGAAGAAGAGGAGGAUGCAGAAGAGGAUGAGGAAGGGGAGGAAGCCGGGGCAGAGGAGGAGGCAGCCGAGGAGAGCCGUCCAGGGACCCGGGGCCCCAGCUCACCUUCAAGUCAACCCCCUGGACCUCAUCCCCAUGAAUGGACCUACGAGGAACAGUUCAAGCAGCUGUACGAGCUUGAUGCAGACCCCAAGAGGAAGGAAUUUCUGGAUGACCUGUUUAGCUUCAUGCAGAAGAGGGGGACGCCAGUGAACCGCGUGCCCAUCAUGGCGAAGCAGGUGCUGGACCUGUACGCGCUGUUUCGCCUGGUGACAGCCAAAGGCGGCCUGGUGGAAGUCAUCAACCGCAAGGUGUGGCGGGAGGUCACGCGCGGCCUCAGCCUGCCCACCACCAUCACGUCGGCAGCCUUCACUCUACGCACCCAGUACAUGAAGUACCUGUACCCGUACGAGUGCGAGACGCGGGCGCUCAGCUCCCCAGGGGAGCUCCAGGCAGCCAUCGACAGCAACCGGCGCGAGGGCCGUCGUCAGGCUUACACCGCCGCCCCGCUCUACGGCUUAGCUGGGCCUACACCUCGGGGUACUCCCGGCCAAGUCUCCGUUCCUGGUCCCGCCCCGCCCACGCCCAGCCCACGCCCUGCCCAGGGCUCCGCCUCCGGCCUGCCUGCUCACGCCUGCGCGCAGCUGAGCCCGAGCCCCAUUAAGAAAGAGGAAAGCGGAAUUCCAACCCCUCGACUGGCACUGCCUGUGGGCCUGGCUUUGGGACCUGCAAGGGAGAAGCUGGCACCAGAAGAGCCCCCAGAGAAGAGGGCUGUGCUGAUGGGGCACAUGGACCCACCUCGACCUGGAGCUCCCCCUAGUUUCCUGCCCCGUGGCAAGGUUCCCCUGAGGGAAGAGCGGCUGGAUGGGCCUCUCAAUCUGGCAGGCAGUGGUAUCAGCAGUAUCAACAUGGCCCUAGAGAUCAACGGGGUGGUCUACACUGGUGUCCUCUUUGCUCGCCGCCAGCCUGUGCCAGCUUCCCAGGGCCCAACCAACCCUGUACCCCCACUCCCUACAGGGCCACCUUCCAGCACUUCACCCUGAGAACUCCCACUCAGAAUUAAGAGUCCCAGCCCCAAUGCUGAGUGGGGCCCCCCUCACCUUGAUUCUUCUUGGGCACCCAGUCUAGGACCCAGCCCUGGGAGAUGACACCCCCACCCCCACCCAUCCAUGCCCUGUGGACUUGAAGCCAAAGAGUUUUCUUUUGAUGUUACAUCUACCUCAUUGUAAAGGGAGAGCACCUCCUCCCUGGCCAACUCCAGCAGCAUCUACCAAAGAGUUCUGCCCUCCCUAACCCCCAUCAUUUCCUCACGUGCCUCCUUGUGUCAGUGUCAUCUCUAGGACCCCACCUCUUCAAAUCAGACCUGCUUCUCCUCAGAAGCCAGGUGAAGGGUUAGGUUGGGGUGUUGUGAAGGAGAUAUCCCUCAGGUCACAUCUGAAUAAUAAAGCUGCAGUCCCUCCCUCUCCAGUGCCUCUUCUUGUUUGGGUUUGGGGGUUGGGAGGAAUUAUGUGGUAUACACAGGUUGUUUUUGGGCCAGGGGUUCUCAAGAGGGGAAGACAGAAUAGCAAAGGGCCGUGAAAGUAGUGGGGCUGGGUUUCAUGAUUCAGACUGCCUGGGUUCAAAUCCUGAUUCUGCUACUAUGGUGCGGAGUGGCCUUGGGCAAGGCAUUAGUCGCUUGAACCUUAGAAGACUCCUAAAGAUCAUGGUAUCUCACGGAGUCUCCUACUGAUCUAUGGGAAUAGACCAAUCCUGAAAUA